AACAAGUGUCACCUUGAGUUGUGUGUGUGGUUCAAAGUAAAAUGUGCUUUGCGCGUUACAAGAGACUUCCGUGAGCUAUGAACGCGUUAAUGGAUAAUACCGUAAGAAAACAUUUCAGAUCUAGCACUCUGGUUUUAUGCAACCGAGAAUCACUUACAAUCCUUUUUAGAAUUACCGUAACGAAACUAGCAACUGUAAUAUUCUGAGUUUAUGUUGUCUGUGUGGUCAAACGUUUCCAAGUAUCAAGUCCCUUCAUAUGCACAUUAAUAUUGUACACAAAGAAGCGGCAGGUUCUUUUGAUUUUCAGUUAACAGACUGUGAAAACGACGACUCUCAUUCAGUCACCUUAGAAUCACGGAUCUCACUGUCAUCUAGUAAUGAGGAAUUUAUGUCCAAGCCUGAAACUCCAGUUGUUUGUCCGAAUUGUAGAAAGCCGUUUCCUGGUCUCACAAGUUUGCGAGUUCAUAUAGAUUCUGUACAUCAUGGUAAUCGGAUACCUCAAUGUGAUUAUUGCAUGAAAAAGUUCUCCACUUUAUCCUACCUUCGAAUGCAUAUUUCUACUGUUCAUGAAGGUGUCCGAGCAUAUUCUUGUAAUAUCUGUGAGAAGAGUUACACUCAAAAGCAUUCUUUGAAAAAACAUCUUAGAAAUUCUCAUUCAAUCUCAUCCAGUCAAGGUAUACUAGAUGAUUCAGGAUCAACUAAUGGGGUACCGAAUAAAUCUAGUCAUUCUACAUGUUCCAAUGAAAUGCGUACUUUUAAAUCACGUAAAAGGUUACUCGUUGAUUCUCCAAUCAUACCUAGUUCCUCUAGUCCUAGUCCAUCUAGGUCGAAUGAAGUGGACGGUCCUGUUUCAUUGGAAACUAAGAAUCGCCAAAUCAGUUGAUGAUUUAAAUACAUUCGAUUAACAAUAUCCCUUCGGAUAAAACUUUCGUGCCACGUUUUUGUAUUUAGACACACAAAUAACUAUGAACAUCCCGAUCUUCAAGCAGAGUUUUCUUAUGUCUACCUCAUCAAUUAAAUCGACACCUACCUCAGUUUAUAUAGUUUCGAUUAUUGCAUUUAUGUAGUUCAAUUAAUAACUUUUUGUAUGAAAAUCCGUUUUGCUGCAGAUUUUUUUGAGUUUUUCAAACAAUUGAUUUUGAACACAUUCUUUGUAUUAUGUACUAAAUCCAAUACUUUUGCUAUCUGGACACUGUUCUUUAAGCUAUUUUUAGACCAAAUCUUAUGUUCAUCUGUAUUCGCGAUCUCAUCUAAUGUUGGAUUUUUCCUCAAGUAUUUUUGGACUUUGUCUUAUUUCUCAAUGCUUUGUGACGGUAAUCCUGUUACUGAAAAUCUCAGAGCUGUCUAAUCUUCUUUUUGCUCUAGUUUUUUGUGGUACGUUUUUCAGAGGAAGAGUUACGAUAUAUGUACUCUUACUGUCCUUUUCAUCUGUAUGAUGAGAUUUGGUCUACAUGGUAGCAUUUAUAUUAGUAAAUAUUAGUCUGAAAAAAUGCGUAUGAGACACAUACGAAACAGUAAUAUGAAGUGCAAGAAAACGAGUAGAUUGAAAUCACAAUAAUCC